AUGGACUCUGUGGAAUAUGCUCCGCGAUUUGAUGUUUUGUUAACCAAUCAGCUUCAUUACUCAGAAAUAUUUAACGAGAUCAGACGUCACAAUCAUUAUGCCACAGAGAGGGUAAAUUCACAAAUCAUCAGGCUCGAUGAUUCUCGAAGCGCCUUAAAUGCCGCCAUGCAAUUGUUCUUGACUAUCAUUAUCCUUGAAAAUAUUCGAAUCGAAGAAGAUAAUGGUGCAAGAGUUUUAGAAUUGUUUCAGGUUGGAGAAGAAGAUUCCAAACAAGAAGAUCUUCUCCAUAUCCUACAAAUAUUAGAACGUAUGGGAAGAUCUACUUCGAUUUCACCAGGAAAAACAUAUAAUAUGCUUCAUUUUGAACAACAAGGCGAUCCACGACUCAUUAUUUCAUCUUUUAUGAACCCACAUUUAUGCGGGAUUCAAUUCAUUGAUGAGAAUAAUCAAGCUCAAUGUGUUAACAUGUUAAAACUUCCUGAAGAUGGAAAUUUCAAAGAAUAUUUCGAGAAUAAGAAGAUUACUCAUGUGAAUAGAUACCUCUUCAUUGCAAAUGACCGCGAAUCUCAAGAAGCUCAGCCAGACCAAAUUGAACUGCUUCAUGAACAUUCACAUAUCAUAUUUAUCAGAUUUGCCAUUGUUUCACUUACACUCGGAAGAGAUGGUCAUGCCUCUUUUAAAUUUUAUAAGAGACUUGAUUUACAAGGCGAAUAUGUUGUGAUCGAUGAAAAUUGGUGUUAUGUGAUCCCAAGAGGAGGAGCAAUCGGAUAUCAAUUUUUAUCAUUGUAUGUCAGAGGUAAGGAUGUUGAAAUUGAAAAUUAA